AUGGCGGCCUCGGGGUUCGGCGGCGGCGAGGCGUUCCGGCUCUCGGCCGCGCCGGGCGCCGGCGCACUGAAGCUGCACAAGGGCGACAUCACCCUCUGGUCCGUCGACGGCGCCACCGACGCCAUCGUUAAUGCUGCUAAUGAGCGGAUGUUAGGUGGCGGAGGUGUUGAUGGAGCUAUACAUAGAGCUGCUGGACCAGAGCUAGUGCAAGCAUGCCAUAAAGUUCCAGAGGUCAAACCAGGAGUUCGUUGCCCUACUGGAGAAGCUAGGAUUACUCCUGCUUUCGAGCUUCCUGUCUCUCGAGUGAUUCACACUGUUGGUCCCAUAUAUGAUAUGGACAAGCAUCCUGAGGUGUCAUUAAAGAAGGCCUAUGAAAAUAGCUUGAAGCUUGCUAAAGAUAAUGGCAUUCAGUACAUCGCAUUCCCUGCUAUAUCUUGUGGUGUUUUUCGUUAUCCUCCCAAGGAAGCAUCAAAAAUAGCUGUUUCUACUGCACAACAAUUUUCAGAGGAUAUCAAAGAGGUGCAUUUUGUUCUGUUUUUGGAUGACCUUUACAAUAUUUGGCGCGAGACUGCCCAGGAGUUGCUAUCACAGUUUCAGAAAUGA